CGCUCAUUGAGAAAAUAAGAGCUGCAGUUCAAACCUCACACCUCACAACCAUCCACAAAAAAGGAGAGAUAAAAAAACGGGAAAAAGACGUUAAUAAAUUAAUAAUAACGCGUUAAUAACACGCUAAUAUAAUAGGCUAUGCGCAGUAUACAAAUUAAGAGGUGCAAACACAUAUAAUUGAACACUAAGGAGCUAAAGAGCAUACAUACACAAAUAAAGAGGAAAUUCUAACGGGUACGUAAAUAAAUGUGCACAGGUACGAACUGAAGUGUUGGGAUCUCUGAGGGUGGUCUGCUCGUGUCCAAAAUAGCCUGAUACAUUACAAAUGUCCCUCUUUGGGGAAACUUCUCUAGGCGCUCUGCAGAAAGCCCCCCCCCUCCUCUUCCUCUUCCUCUUUCUCCUCCUCCUCCUCCUCCUCCUUUUCCUCCUGUGCAGCCAAGUGCAUUACUUCAUCUGUUUGCCUCCUCCUCCCAGGCAGAAAUGAUCUCAGCGCUCAGAGCCGUGCCUCUCUGUUUGAAUGGAGAUGAGACUGGAGUGACCCAUAAACAGCGUUUAAAGAUGCCCCGUACCUGCACGCGCGGGAGCGUUUACUUUAGCCUUAAGCAGCCGGUGAAUGGACGCAGAAUGAAAGUGUGAAUGGAGGCCUAUUUGCUGCAGGCGGUUGGAGCGGCGGGGAAAUGUGACACCGUGUUUAAGGGCUUCUCCAACUGCCUACUUCAGCUGGGAGACAACAUGGCCCAAUACCCACAGGAGCUGGACGAGAAGAAAAACCUCGAGACCAUCUGCAUGUACUGGGAUGAUUUCCACUCGUGUGCCACCACCGCGCUGGCGGACUGCCAGGACGGCGCCACCGAGCUGUGGGAGAAGCUGAAGAAGGAGUCCAGGAGCCUGCAGUUCCGGGGCAGCCUUUUUGAACUGUGUGCAGGAGGGAACGGAGCCCCCAGAGCAGGACCCCCGCUCAGCCUGAGCCUGCUGCUGCCCGCACUGUCCGCCCUGCUCACGAGCCUCUGCGCACUCUAGACACGGCCAGCAGCAGCAGCAGCAGGAGGAGGAGGAGGAGGAGGAGGAGGAGGAGCAGGAGGAGCAGGAGGAGGAGGACGACUUCAGAGUGCUAGCACCACAAGAAAAAGAGUAAAAAUAAAAAAUAAUAAUGACGAUCAAAAAGAAAAAGAAAACAGAGAAACCAUCUUCGCCCAAAUGGAUUUAUAUACUUCAUCCGGAGAGGAAGACGACCUGUGUGGGUUUUUUUUUUUCCUUUUGCUAGAGACAAUGGUGACGUCGUCUUCAGGGGGAACUCCUCCAACAUAUCUGCCUGACCUGGGGUCAAAAAAACUAAAAAAAUCGGUCAUUUUUUGACGGUCCCGCGCUUACAGUAUCGGUGGACUUCCAUAGGCCUGUAGUGUUAAAGGCCGCAGUGAAGUAAUCAUCACUGCAGGCCUCUCCAUCUAACGAUCAUGCCUAGAAAUAAUAAGAAACAAGAGAAAUCCUGAUAUCCUGACACUGCACACAUCAGUCAAAGUCAUUUCAACCAGUAAUCGGAGGCUCAGCCCAUGUUCUCUUCUCUCUAUUCCUUUAUUUGAUUUACCUUUUAUUUUUAUUGGAUUUCUUGGUUUUAGUUGCCAAAUUUAGCGAAGCUAAGCAUGUUGGUACCACGAAAGCUGGUUUGGAUCUGUGAGCAGACAUAAAACAGCUAGAAUUACACUAACAACGCUAAUAAUAACAACCUCAGGAAUGAACCCAGGCAUUCAGUCGAUGGUGGAAAGUUCCAAUAAGGUAGAAAAAACACGUUAAACGUGAAAUGUAGCGAGAAAAGGAAGCUGGAAGAAGAUGGAGAAGGCUGGUGAAUGAUUUUGACUGUUGACAUUCUGCCAUUUCUUUAUUUGUCCGUUAGUUUCCAGGACUUCGUGUAGGCUAGCAGACCGCGUUCCCUCAGAGCGACACGUUUCCGUAGCACGAUCCCAUUCAGGCCGCGGCCGCGCGGGUGUGGACGGAGGGAAAUCUGCUCGAGUUUUGCUGAGAUGUGGCCACGACUCACUGCCUUCAGAUCAUGUGGAUUCUGUUCGUUCGUUCGUUCGUUUGUUCGUUCGUUUCUGGGGAUGUUGCAUAUAAAUACCUAAAUAUUCCAAAUACAACUACAUACGAGUAAAUAAGAGACGUUAUGUGAAAAAGAAACAUUAUAAAGAUUUUGAGAAUAAAAAGAGAGAGAGACAGAGAUACUUUAACCGAAACAGUUUUAAAAACAGAUUGAUAUACAGGUAUAUAAAAGAUUGCUAAAAAAGAUAAAAGAGUAUUAAAUAAAAUCAGUUAAUGUUUGAAAAAAAUAACCCGUG